ACGAUCUCAAGAUAAAGCAGUGCGAAUUAAUGUUUAUAAUAACUUGUUAAGAAUGCUAAAUAUAACAGAAAAGUUGUUGAGAAUGGUUGCAGAGAGAAAAUUAAUGAGUUUUGAAAGAGAGGAGUUAGUAGAUGUUUUCUUAAAAGCUGAGAACAAAAAUACAAGAGAUAAAAACUUAUCAUUGUUUUGGAAUAAGGAAGAAGAUGCCUCAUAUAAACCAAUAAUUUCUACUCGAGAUGCAUACUUUUACAUG